AUGAAUUCGCUGGAGGAGGUGGUCGUCGAGGCUGGGAAGACCGUCACGUUGGGCUGUCCCGGUGUGACGGAGGAUUCGUUGGUGUUGAUGCUCGAGUGGCGAGCGAACGGGAUGCGGCUGCUCGAGUAUAAGAGCAGAAGCACCACCGUCGUCCGGCAUUUUCGAGACAGAAUGUCUAUGUCGUUGAAAAAUUAUUCGCUCCAGCUGCAUCCCGUCACCGCCGGCGACAGCGGUAUGUACGAGUGUCUCGUGAACAACCGGAAUACGCCGGAAGCUGUGAUCAAGCUCAUCGUGCGAGAUGUGCCGGAUCCGCCGGAACGACCGCUCGUCAUAAGUUACACGUCCAAAGCCGUGAAUAUAUCGUGGGCACCUGGUGUUAAUUCCCACAACACUCCAAUUUCGCAGUACGUCAUCUACACCCGCAUCGACGAAGACGGGCCGUGGAACGCGACGAAGGAGAUCAUAACGCCGCACAACGACACGUUCUACACCGUCGACAACCUGAGGCCAUUUACGGUCUACAGCUUCCGAGUGGCGGCGAUAAAUGCCCUGGGUCGCAGCAAGCCCAGUCAAGCGUCCUACUAUAUGGUGACUCUGCGCGCAAUACCGGAAGGAAAACCGACCAUCACAGCGGCCCACAAUACCUCAGCGACGUCUAUUUACCUGGCGUGGAAGCCGCCGAGUCGCGACACCAUACACGGCGAGUUCCUCGGAUAUCGCAUAGGAUACCGACGACGCGAGAAAGCGGACGAAGAAAUGACAAACAUUUAUAUUCGUGAUCCUGCCGUCGACAAUCACAGUAUCCACAAUUUGGAGACCUUCACGCAGUACCUCGUUUCCCUGCAAGUAUUCAAUCCCGAAGGCCACGGGCCGGCCUCGACCGUGACGGUGAUGACCGACGAGGGCGCACCAACAAAGCCGGAGAAUCUCACCUCUCGUGGUAUCACGGGAACAACCAUUGAGCUCUCGUGGUCGGAGCCUGAGAGUGCCAAUGGUGUCAUCGCUGGUUAUCGCGUUUACUACAUGCAUUCCAACUAUACCGACGUUAAAAUGCACAUACCCGAUAAAUCGACGGAUUCCGACGACACGAACAUCGAUUUCGUCUUGAAGGAACUGAAACCGAAUACCGAGUACAAGAUCUGGGUGAAGGCUUACACACGGAAAAACGAGGGCGAGCCUUCGGACCAGAUUAUUCGCAAGACCGAUAUAACAGGACCAAGCGCUCCUUUGAUCCUAAAUUUAACUUGCCAAUCCCACGAGUCCAUCUACGUCCAUUGGGCCAGACCGGCCCUCUUUUGGGGCUCGAUCGACUACUACUACAUCAACUACCGGCGGGAGAAUGGGCGAUAUUACGAGGAAAUCGAGCUAUCAGCCGAGAAAAAUCAUCUCGAGAGCGGGACGGUUAUUCCCAACCUGACAAUGAACACUGUGUACGAAGUUGUGGUACGAGGGGCUACCAAGAGCACAACAGACAGUCACCUGAUCAUUCAGGGCGAGAGCUCUAUACCCGCGAAGGUGUUGGUCACCCGCGAUUGCGACAAGAUACCCCCUUUGAUGCGUCGCAGCAGUAAAGAUCUCAGCGCCGGAGUGAUCGCCGGAAUGGUCUGCGCCUGUAUCGCCGUGAUGUUGGCGAUUACGUCCUUCGUAUUGUGGAAGCCGAUUUUUAGGAAAUGCUUCCACACCGCUUACUACUACCUGGAUUAUCCGCCGCGAAACGUUCCCACUCUUCAGGAAUGGGAAAACAGCGAGCAAGACGGCGAGAGGACCGCCGUGGCCGUCCAGCAGUUCGUGCAGCACGUCGCGAGCCUCCACGCCGACGGAGACAUCGGUUUCAGCAAGGAAUACGAGCUGAUACAGUCCGAAACCGGCGAUUACACGGUGGAGAAUUCCCAGUUCGCCGAGAACAAGGCCAAGAACAGAUACCUGAACAUACUCGCGUACGACCACACCCGCGUGCAAUUGUUGUCCUGCGGCGGCGGGCCUCCUAAGAAAGGUCAAGAUUACGUAAACGCGAACUACAUCGAUGGGUGGCAAAGAGCGCGAGCUUACAUCGGCACCCAGGGCCCGCUCCCCCCGACGUUCGAUGGUUUCUGGCGAAUGGUCUGGGAGCAACGCGUCUCGAUAGUCGUUAUGAUCACCAAUCUGGUUGAACGUGGCCGUAGAAAAUGUGAUAUGUACUGGCCCAAGGAGGGAACCGAAACUUACGGUUAUAUUCAAGUAACUUUAGUGAGGGAGGACAUCAUGGCUACCUACACCAUCCGUACCCUACAAAUUCGACACUUAAAGAUCAAGAAGAAGAAAAACGGGACCAAUGUAGGCGAGCGUACCAUAUGGCAGUAUCACUAUACCGGCUGGCCCGAUCACGGCGUACCCGAUCAUCCGUUACCCGUGCUCAGCUUCAUUCGUAAAUCGUCCAACGCUAAUCCGCCCGAUGCCGGGCCCAUCGUGGUCCAUUGCAGCGCCGGCGUCGGGCGUACCGGCACGUACAUCGUGAUCGACGCGAUGCUGAAGCAAGCCAAGAGCAAGAACGAAAUCAACGUGUUCGGCUUCCUCAAGCACAUCCGCACCCAGAGGAACUUCCUGGUGCAGACGGAGGAGCAGUACAUCUUCAUCCACGAUGCGCUGCAGGAGGCGAUAGAGAGCGGCGAGACCAACAUCGACGCUAACAAUUUGAUGCAGCACGUCCAAGACAUGCUGUGCCCGUCGAAUAACAAGACUGACGCGUGGAACAAUAUUGAAGCUCAAUACAAGCUGGUAACGUCGUGGAAGCCCAAGGACUUCAAUCUCGUAUCCGCCACCAAAGCCUGCAACGUUCACAAGAACCGCAACAUGGACAUCAUCCCCAUCGAGAACGCGCGCGUCCACCUGACGCCGAAACCUGGCAUCGACGGCAGCGACUACAUAAACGCGACUUGGGUUUCAGGUUUCCAACGCAAUCGCGAAUUCAUCAUAACGCAGCACCCAAUGGAGAAUACCAUAAUGGAGUUCUGGCAGAUGAUGUGGGACCAUAAUGCACAGACCAUCGUCAUGCUGACUCAAUGCGACGAGGAGUAUCCGGAGUUUUGGCCCAUCGAAGGGAAGGAUCUCGAGUCGGAGACGUUCCGCGUGCGACUCUGCGGAACGAAGGAGACCGUGAACGGGACUAUCCUGCUCGAGGUCGCGGUCCGCUCGUUGCAGGACGACUACGAGCUGAGCGCGAGGAUCGUCCAGGCGCCGUCGAAUCAGAGCGGACUUUGGCCACACAACAACAAUCCGAAAACCUUCGUCAACAUUAUUCAGGACUUUCAUCGGGAUUACCAAAACGGUCCUAUCGUCGUGAUGGACAGGUAUGGCGGAGUCGAGGCAGCACUCUUCGUUCUACUGACCACCUUGAACAAACAAUUGGAAUUCGAGCAAACCGCCGACAUUUACAUGUUCGCGAAGCUGCUCUACAUGAAGAGACCCGGCGUGUUCCGCUCGAAGGAGGACUACUUACUGCUGUACCAGUGUCUGGAGUCCAUGCUGUCGACGAAGGGCCGCGCCGAGCCCGACCUGUACGCCAUGGCGAACGGACACGUCGCCGCGCUGAACGACCCGAACGAGAUCAGGUCGGCCUCAUCGAUCCAACACAUGCCGAUAGAUUAUCCAUCCAAGUCAUCCGUCAUUUGCGAGUACGCUACGGUAGAAGUCAGUUCCGAAUACCUGCCCGACUACACCAUUUCCAUACGCGUGGAUCACCCGAUCGAAUCGUCCAGCAGCCGUGGGAGCGAGACUUGCCUCUCCUCCCACGGCAGCAACGAUCACGUUGUAGUGCCGGAGAAAAGCAUGGUGGUGUCGCAGAGAAACAUUAGCUAUCAUAAUCAUCCACCCGGGGUGUCUGUAAUGGUCGAUGCUAACGGUUAUAUCACAAAUGGCAGCAUGCGCGUACCCACCGACAAUAUGGAGCCACCCAGCUGCAAGAUGAUGCCGCAAUGAUGCCGGCCUAUCUUCGGUUGCAGCGCACCCACGCGAAGGUCGGACCCGCUGUAAUCGAGCCUCCGGUCGCUGGAAGUUUAAUCUC